CCCCCUGGUCCUGGGCAACCUGUGGGAUGUGACGGACCGGGACAUCGACCGCUACGCGGAGGCUCUGCUGCAGGGCUGGCUCCGCGCGGGCUCGGGCGCCCCGCUGCUGCGCUACGUCGCCCGCGCCCGCCUCGCGCCCAAGCUCAAGUCGCUCAUCGGGGCCGCCCCCGUGGUCUACGGGCUGCCCGAGGUGGAGUUCCUGUCGUCCUCCAUCGCGCAGCUCAAGGUGGUGCAGACCAAGUACGUGGAGGCCAAGGACUGUCUGGCCGUGCUGCACAAGAGCAACGAGGGGAAGGACCUGCUGGUGCCGCUCACCAGCUCCAUGUACGUUCCCGGGAAGCUCCUGGACGUGGAGCGCGUCCUCCUCGACGUCGGCACGGGCUACUACGUGGAGAAGACCGCGGAUGACGCCCGGGACUUUUUCAAGCGGAAAAUCGACUUCCUGACCAAACAGAUGGAGAAAAUCCAGCCGGCGCUGCAGGAGAAACACGCCAUGAAGCAGGCGGUGGGGAAGCCAGAAGAUCCAGCAGCUGACGGCGCUGGGGGCCGCGCAGGCCGUGACCACCAAGGCGUAGCCUUCGGCCUCGCCGCGCGAGGAGGACCCCGGAACCCCGCUCCCUGCUCCGCUCCUGGCUCUCGAGAUUCCCGGAGCCGGAAUCCCCUUCCCGUUUUGCGGCAGCUCAACCGCUGUAACCCUUUCGUGGCCGCCUGUUGA